ACCCACUUUACUGUUUUGUUGGGAGCAAACACGUUGGCUGAUGUUGUGGGCUUCGUCAAUUGAGUUCAACAUUUAGGUUCCUAAACUGAAGUGUUUCCUAUUCAUGGUGAUUUCAACACUUUUCAAUUGUUGGAUUGUUUGUCCAAUCAUGGGACACAAAACGCGCUGUGCAAAAAUGUGGUGGCUCAGCUGUCUAUUCACCGUAGCUUUGUGGACAAUAGCCUCUGCGCAGCUGAGAUAUUCUAUCACUGAAGAAGUUGGAGAAGGAACCAUUGUCGGGAAUGUAGCAAAAGAUUUGGGUUUGGACAAGAGUGCUCUCAAAGACAGGAAGUAUCGCAUUGUGUCUGGUGCUGCAGAGUCCCUUUUUCACGUGGAUCAGAAAGACGGUAAUUUGUAUGUGAGCCGUAAGAUUGACCGAGAAGAGGUGUGUGAAAAGAGCUCUACGUGUUUAAUCAAUCUUAAGACUGUGUUAGAAAACCCGCUGGAGGUGCAUUACGUUGGAGUAGAGGUGCAGGACAUAAACGACAACGCGCCGAUUUUCCCUGAAUUGGAAAAAACACUGGAGAUUUCAGAGUCCGUGUUACCGGGAUUUCGGAUUCCUCUCAAAGCAGCGAGAGAUCUGGACAGUGGGCAGUUUUCUAUUCAGCACUACAAACUUAGUGCGAACGAGCAUUUUCGUUUAGAAGUUACUGAUAUGGAAGAGGAUGGCAAAAUACCAACAUUAAUUGUACAAAAACCGCUUGAUAGAGAGGCACAGAUGCGUCAUUCGCUUGUGCUUACGGCCCUAGAUGGCGGGAAACCUCCCAAAUCUGACCAAAUGCGAGUAAUUGUCAAUCUCUUAGACAUAAAUGAUAAUGCACCUGUCUUCACUAAUGGCGACGUAUCGGUGACGCUUAGUGAAAAUGCCCCACUAGGAACCACUGUCCUUCAGGUUAAUGCCACAGAUUCAGACGAAGGAGCGAAUGGCGAGGUAGUUUAUGGUUUUAGUAACAGUGUAAAGCAACGACUAUUGAAUGUAUUCGACAUUAAUCCACAAACAGGCGAGAUAUUUGUUAAAGAUUUAAUAAACUUUGAGGAGAAAGAAAAGUAUAUAAUUGAAGUAGAGGCGUCAGAUAAAGGCGUGCCUCCGUUGGCCACGCAGAAAAAGGUAAUAAUAAAAAUAGUAGAUGUGAAUGACAAUGCUCCUGAGAUUGAAGUCACCUCGUUUUCCAGCUCCAUUCCUGAAGACUCUCGGCCCGGGACUACUGUGGCUCUGAUCAGUGUUAAUGACAGGGACUCUGGGCUGAACGGGAAAGUGACAUGUACAAUAGAAGGAGAUGUUCCCUUUACACUGUCUCCUUCCCUACAGGACAAAAUGUAUUCACUCGUGACUAAAUCCGCUCUGGACAGAGAGACACAGUCACAGUAUGUACUGUCCAUAGCUGCCACAGAUCACGGCCAGCCCUCACUUAAAUCUGAAAAGAACAUAUUAAUUGUAAUUUCAGAUGUGAACGACAACAGCCCAGAGUUUGUCCUUACUCCAUAUAGUUUUUAUAUCACUGAGGGCAAUGAAGCAGGAGCGCAGCUGUUUUCAGUUCAGGCUAAUGACAAAGAUGAAGGUGAAAAUGCUCAUAUUUCUUAUCAUAUUUACAGAGAUGGAAGAGCAGAAAAUAAAGUGACUUCAUUUCUUAAUAUUAAUAGUGAAAAUGGGCAAAUCACAGCUCUGAAAAGCUUUGACUUUGAGACAUUAAAGUCGUUCCAGUUUCAAGUGGUGGCCUCAGACUCUGGGACUCCAUCACUGAGCAGCAACGUGACAGUGCACGUGUUCAUUCUGGAUCAGAAUGACAAUGCUCCAGUCAUUCUGUAUCCAGUCAGCUCUAACGGUUCUGCUGAAGGAGUGGAGGAGAUCCCCCGCAAUGUGAACGCGGGACACUUGGUGACUAAAGUCAGGGCCUAUGACGCUGAUAUCGGAUAUAACGGCUGGCUGCUGUUUUCACUGCAGCAAGUGACUGACCACAGUCUGUUUGGGUUGGACCGCUACACAGGACAGAUCAGGACACUUCGCUCAUUGACAGAGACAGACGAGGCCGAGCACAAACUCGUCAUACUGGUCAAAGACAAUGGCAACGUGUCCCUGUCAGCUACAGCUACUGUGCUUGUCAAAGUGGUGGAGCCCAGAGAGGCUUUUGCAGCUUCUGAUGUUAAGAGCUCCACUAAAGACUCUGAGGACACUAAUGUGACUUUUUACCUCAUGAUAACUCUGGCCUCAGUCUCGGCUCUGUUCAUUAUCAGUAUCAUUGUGCUGAUUGCAAUGCAGUGCUCCAAGUCCAGCACUGACUACACGUCCAAGUACUUACAGGACACAAACUAUGACGGGACUCUGUGCCACAGCAUCCAGUACAGAUCUGGAGACAAGCGCUACAUGUUAGUUGGACCCAGAAUGAGCGUAGGAUCCACUAUAGUCCCAGGGAGUCAAGCCAACACACUGGUGCUGCCUGACAGGAGGAGGCCCUCUGAGGAGGACACAAACUAUGAUGGGACACUCUGCCACAGCAUUCAGUACAGAUCUGGAGACAAACGCUUCAUGUUAGUUGGACCCAGAAUGAGCGUAGGAUCAACAAUAGGAGCAGAAGGCCGUGCACACACACUAGCUCACCCUGAUAGAAGCCGCACAUCUGAAGAGGUACGCUUCCGUAUGGCAGUGGAGGAUUAGGUGGCAAGCUGUGUGUUGAGCAUCACCUUCAUCUUGUGGCAAAGUCAGUGUCCAUCCAUGGCUGUCUGGACGUGCACUGUAGUAGGCUACACUCUCACUGUGCUUUUCUGCUGUAAUUACAACUAUUUCUGUAAAUAUCCACAAAUGCAUGUUGACAAUAGUAUUAAUUAGAGUAUGGAUUGUGAUUUGUAAAUGAAUCAUUCAUUAAAACUUAAGAUCUUUGAAAACAAUAUGUUUGCUUUCUGCUAAGGGAAUAGUUCAGUGUUUCAGUUUGUGUAUUACCUAGAAGUGGAGAACAUUGCUAACAGGGACUAAACUACUUUCAUAUGAUAUUUUUGAUGCAUUAUAUUAAGCUCCUUAUUACAAAAAUAAGGUCUGAGUAAUACAAUGUGAUAUGUUGGAUAACUGAAUGUAUACCUUUUCUUGCAUGCUAAAUGUUACGUUCAACAAAAGCAGUAAUGUAUCUUGCUUCUUGGACAAUGAACAUGGACUGAUUUUAUACUUUUGUUUGAUAUUGCACAAGCCACAUGUGUUAAGGGCUUUGUAAUGCUGGUGGUGUCAAGUGAUGUGCCAUGUCUUGGGGUUACUUUUGGCAAAGCAAAAGAGUGAUGUAAAAUACUUCUCAUUUUCUUACUGUGAAGUUUACUCCCUGUUAUAUUUUCUGCCAUGUGCUUUUAGAGGAAGGAGCAUGUUAUAAAAGUAUAAUUUAGGUAAUACACUGU